UUAGUGCUUCUGCAUUAUUGGUAAACAAUACUUUCCAAUCGUCUUACUUCAGAGCUCCGUCGAUGGAGCCUGGGAGACUCGGAGAAAAUAGGUCCACGCUCAUAGACAUGGCAGAAGAACAACGCGAACCUCUUCUCCACGAAGACGGCAUCAUCCCGUCCGACGGCCCAGAUACAUCCACUCCCAGUCCCGCCAAUUCCAAUAAACGGCUCGCCUCUCUCGAUGUCUUCCGGGGCCUCACCGUCGCGUUAAUGAUUUUAGUUGAUGAUGCUGGAGGAGCAUUCCCUUCCAUAAAUCACUCUCCAUGGUUUGGUGUGACGCUUGCGGAUUUCGUGAUGCCAUUUUUCCUCUUUGGUGUUGGAGUCUCUAUCGGUCUAGCAUUCAAGAACAUUUCUAGCAAAACAACUGCUAUGAAGAAAGUCAUGCUAAGAACAAUUAAACUCUUUCUCUUGGGGCUGUUUUUGCAAGGUGGGUAUUUCCAUGGUCGUAACCAUUUAACGUUUGGAGUUGAUGUGGACAAGAUACGUUGGCUAGGUGUUUUACAGAGGAUAUCAAUUGGAUAUCUGUUGGCUUCAAUGUCGGAGAUCUGGCUAGUUAACAGGAUCACGGUUGAGUCACCAGCAGCUUUUGUGAGGAAAUACUACAUUCAGUGGAUAUUUGCUGUCUUGCUAUGCUCAAUUUACAUGUGCUUGCUAUAUGGCCUCUAUGUACCCAACUGGGAAUAUGAAGCUUCGAGCAUGAAUUAUUCUGCUUAUGCAUCUGGUUCUCAAAUUGUUCAUUGUGAGGUGAGGGGCAGUCUUGAGCCUUCUUGUAAUGCAGUUGGCUUGAUCGAUCGAAUUCUUAUUGGUGAACAUCAUCUUUAUCAACAUCCUGUGUAUAGAAGAACGAAGGAAUGCAGUGUUAAUUCUCCUGACUAUGGACCUCUGCCUCCAAAUUCACCUGGCUGGUGCCUUGCACCAUUUGAUCCAGAAGGCAUCUUAAGUUCAUUAAUGGCAGCUAUCACAUGUUUUGUGGGAUUGCAGUUUGGGCACAUACUUUUACAUUAUAAGUGCCACAUGCAGAGGGUAUUUUUGUGGACUAUGUUAUCGCUCCCUCUACUAAUUGCAGGAUAUGUUUUGGAGUUUCUAGGUGUUCCUUUCUGUAAACCACUCUAUACGUUGAGCUAUAUGUGCAUCACAGCAGGCACAUCAGGCUUGUUCCUAACCAGUAUCUUUUACAUAGUUGAUGUCAAACUAUACAGAAAGCCUACAAUGUUGCUAGAAUGGAUGGGGAUGAAUGCUCUCAUUGUAUACGCUGUGGCUGCUUGUGACCUUUUUCCGGCAGCUCUGCAAGGUUUCUAUUGGCGCUCACCUAAAAACAACCUGGUGGAUGGCACGGAAUUGUUAUUGCAGGCCAUGCUUCAUUCCAGAAAGUCGGGUACCUUGGCGUUUGUAUUACUCGAAAUUUUAUUUUGGGGCCUCGUUGCAGGUUUCCUCCACAUGAAAGGCAUAUAUGUAAAACUGUAAAGGCAUAUAUAUGAAAGGCGUUUGACAAUUUUUUUCAUUCUACAUCAGCCUUUCGAAUUUUUCAAGCAUCGUCUUGUUUCAGCUUUGGUGUCAGUCGACUGGACCACAAGCUGAAGUUCCCAAGUAUUUAUUAACACUCAGCGAUUGUAGCAGAUAUUGGAGGCUGCCACUCUUUCGGGGAGCGUCACGGAAGGAAGUCUUUGAAAUUUGAAGGAAGAGUCCGUUCAAACAUUCCACCCACCCAAUGUGUGUAAGAGUAAUGAUUUAUGCAAUCUGUGAAGUCGUUUUUGUAAAAAAGGUAAUCUCACUAUGAAAAAAUAUAAAAAAAAGUACUAUUUUUAGUGGGAUUCACCUUUUCUACAAAAGAAUUAGCACAGAAGUAAUUUUACAAAUUAACGCGAUUUAAUGUAUUAUGUUAGAUUGUAAAGUUAUUUUUAAUUGUAGAGUAGAUGUAACGUAUUAUAUGAAUUUAUGUCAAUUUGUAAGUUUAUUUUUGUGAAAUAUUUUUCUUUUGGCCAAUAAUAAUUAAAGAGAGAGCUUCAUGACGAGGACUUUUUUGUUUUGGGUAAGAAAGGGACAUGAAUGA